GGCACAUAAGUCCACGUUGAAGAUGGCAUCUUUGGGACUGACAUCAGUCACCAUUUCCACAUUGCGAGCCUCCAUGCAAAGCCAGUGGCUGGUCAUUGUCACCAUGAUCGCGACGCUUUCGCCGAUCGCCGGCGCGCUAGACUGCGGCGACGACGUCUUGCCAGUUCUAGCCCAAGCAUUGUCAUCGUGUGCCACUGCGGCGUUUGGCAAGUCCGACGUGUGGAACCCGUUCUUCACACUCGUCACGGAACUUCGGAAGCCCGAGUCGUUUGUCCUGGCCGACUUUUGCUCGAACAGCCUCCCAGGUUGCGCCGACCUCGUCGCGUUGAGUAAGAAUCGAUCGUUCGACUGCUCGUGCUGGCUGUACAAGUCUACCGUGAUCAACGUGUACCAGGAAGUGCCGCAGCUGUGCGCCAACAUGCAUCCCACGAGAACCAUCCAACUCUUCACGCGGAACGACAAGGUAGUCACGGUGCAGGGGCAAGCGUUGGUGGCGAGUCCUCGAUUGACUUCGUUCAACCAAACGUUUACGUUCGACCUCGCCACCCAUCGCAUCGAAAGCGACGCACUGUGUGGCCAGUAUUGUGUGGAAGCGACGCCGUCCGGACUUGAUUUGAUCUUGGCCCCGUGCGAUGACACUCAAACCAGGCAACAAUGGAUGGUCCAACCGUACUUAAACCGCGUCAAGAGCAUGCACGUUUCCAACUUGUGCCUGGCCACCGAUCCGUUUGCAACCAACUACGCGAUUCGCCUGGAAGCAUGUGAUCCGGCGUUCCCGGCGCGGCAGUUCUUCACAACGUCCGUGCCUUACGACAACGGAUGCCCCGCCGCCGAGUACGACGUCGACUACGAAGGCAACGAUCUGGAAAACCGACCGAUAGAACAGCCCAGCGCGUGCUGCCUCAGCUGCCACUGGCACCCGACCUGCCGGACGUACUCUUGGGCGGAUGGUGUGUGCUACUUCAAGAGCGCGUUCAACACGUCCAACGCGGUGACGAAACCCGGUGUGGUGUCUGGGGUCGUGACCAAAUGCAGCACGUGGUCCGAAGCGUACGACAUCGACGGGAAGGACAUUGCGUCGGUCCAGGCGCCGACCAAAGAGAGUUGCUGCAGCAUUUGCCAAGCAACGCCGCGGUGUCGUGCGAUGUCAUGGAACAAUUACCAAGGCGGGACGUGCUGGCUCAAGUCUGGCUACAGCGACUACAAGCCCGUGGACGGCGUCUGGUCUGCGUUCGUUAUAGACUGAGUGUCCCUUGUAUUUAUUGACGGUUGUAAUGAAAUGGAUGGUUAUCGCCAAAGCAA